UUUUGUGAGGUCAGAUUAGUGUCGGCGUUGUGGCGGAGGUCAGAGGUCAUGUGUCUCCAUAAUGAAUCAGGUUAGAAAACGGCUCAAACUCGACAGGGGCAGACCUCAUACUGUUGUCCCUACCUCGUCGUCUUCUUCCUCAUCCACCUGGAGCAUCAGGACGCCAAACUGUAGUCCACAUACUUACUCCCAUGAUGCCUUGCUGCUGCCACCGCUUCCACUUUCUGGAGGGGCGGGACCUGAGGAAGAGGAGGAAGAAGGAUAUCUCCUGGUGGAGGAAGACACUACUGACUCCAGCCUCGUCAUCACCAUGGAUGACAGUCAGCAGGAGGCUAAAACAGCAAGGAGGAAAGCAAUGAGAAAGAAGAGAAAAGUGACAGAGGAAGCAGUAGAGAGGGGCAGAGUGUCAGAGAGUGAAGAGGAGGAGGCAGAAGUAGAGGUGGAGAUUGACCGACAGCUGGACCAGGCACUAGAGACCAAGUCCAAACAGCACAAUCUGACCACAGUGAACGUCAGGAACAUCCUCCAUGAGGUGAUCACUAAUGAGCAUGUGGUGGCCAUGAUGAAAGCUGCCAUCAACGAGACAGAAGCAGUACCACCUUUUGAGCCCAAAAUGACUAGGUCCAGGUUCAAAGAGGUUGUGGAGCGAGGAGUGGUGAUCCCUGCCUGGAACAUCUCUCCCAUCAAGAAGACCAGUGAUAUCAAUAAGGCACCCCAGUUCGUCGACAUCCCACUAGCGGAGGAGGACUCCUCCGAUGAAGAGUAUCGACCUGAUGAGGAGGAAGAGGACGAGACAGCUGAGGAUACGUUCCAGGAGAGCGACAUGGAGAGCACAGCAUCGUCUCCCAGAGGAAGUCGAUUGAACCGAAUGGAGGAGGACAGUAACAGCCCCUGGCAGACGUGUCGGAGCCGCUCAAGGCGUCAUAGGGUGGGGCUAGUUUCAAUGGGGCCGCCCCCUCCACCCAAAGCGCUGCCUUCCAAAGCAGUGACUGACAGCACGUUUCUGGAGAAGCUUCAUGCCGUGGAGGAGGAGCUCGCUGUUUGUAUGGAGCCCUACCAGCCCCUGUCUGAGUCGGAGGAUGAGGUGGGUUUGAUGGCCUACCGGACACGCUCCAAGCGUCCGUUGCGUGAUGUUCCACUGGGCCGGCUUGAGGCAGAGCUUCGAGCCCCUGACAUUACCCCUGACAUGUACGACUCAAGCUCCGCUCCCGAGGACAGGGAGUGGACUGACUGGCUUAGAGGACUGAUGAGUUCAGAUGUUGAUAAUGAAGAGGAAUGCGAUGAUGAAGAUGAUCCAGAAUACAAUUUCCUGGCUGACAUUGAUGAGCCAGAUGUUGAGGAUUACCGUGAUGACAAGGCUGUCCGAAUCACCAAGAAGGAGGUCAACGAGCUGAUGGAGGAGCUGUUUGAAACGCUCAAAGAGGACCUGGCAGGUCAGGAGGUGGAUGAUGAAGGUCAUGAGGAAGAGGAGGAGGUACAAGAGGAAACGCCCACUGUACAGCCUGACACAGUUGAACAACACAACACAAGUCCAGGUGAUGAUGAGACGGAGGAUGAACCAAUCACAGAAGCACGAACUGUGAAGCAGCAGCUGGCGCUGAUAAGGAAGCGGCGGAAGGGACAGACGCAGUGUUAUACACAAACAAACAUGGAGCCCUUCACACUGACUCUGGAUGCACGACAGAAACUGAGAUUGCAACAACAGCUACAACAGCACGUCCAGCUGUUGACUCAGAUUCACCUGUUGAGUUCACCUGUUGCCAAACUCCAGAGUGAGGCAGAGACCACCAGGCAGUUUCUGUUUGAGUUGGACCUGUUAGCUCAGAGGGGGGAGCUACUGAUGUCCUCAGGUCGUCAAGGUUACCGCAGUGUGUUCAGAGCCUCCAACCUGCAGGGGGCACUGCAGUUGCUAGAGGAAUUGAGACAGACACCUGUUAACUACCAGCCACAGCAACACAAACCAGACCGCAGAGGACACAUGCGAUGUUUCCCAGUCAUGCCUGGUGAGCUAGCCUGGCUCUUUGCAACCCGUCCAGUCUUCCUGUACCCAGAACUGCUGCCUUGUGCCAACCUGGACCCAGACCUGUACUGCCCCCGCAGGACAGCUGCCUUCACUGCAGCGGAGGACUGCCUGCUUGUUCUAGGUCUCAGAAACAUGGAAGGGUCAGGUGAUCCAACCAAACUGGUGUCUCAGUUCUUGCUGAGGAAGACUCUGGUUCAGGUCCGACGAAGAAUCCUGCAGUGCUGCAGACCUGGUAACCCCGACAAUAUUGUCAAGGCGUUCCGGUAUCAACGGGUGUUGUGGCCGAUGCCAGUUGUGUGCAGCAGCAUCAACCCAGCAGAGCAACGCCCCCCAGUGGAGAGAGAGGAGAGGGUCAUGCCUAUGUGGCUGGUGAGGAGUCUUCCCGUUAUCUACUCAGCUGUCAGACAUUUUAAUAGGCUGCCUGACUCUGCCACAGAGGCCACACCUCCCUCCCGUGUGACCCGCCCUCGUCACAGUCAGCUGACCUUCCUUCGCUCCACCUCUUCAUAUUCUUUUCCUCCGGGGACUCGUUACCCGCCCCGCCUCCCUGAUCACCUUGAUUUCCGUCGUGUUGGAUUCAUGCUUCUGCAGCAGCCCAACCCUGUCCCUGCCACCACUGAGAUUUCACAGACCCCACCCCCUCCCAGAGUCUUCCUGCACUGCCUGCACUUGAAGAACAGCAACGCUGUGUCAGCCACCACUGUCUCCACAACGAUGAGAGAGCAAAUCAGAUGCCACUACCAGACGUUGGUCAGUCUAAGGAGGAGGAGCCAUUGCAAAGACAGACCCGCUCCCUGUAAGCUGACUGAGGAGGAACAGGAGGAGGAGUCUGAGGUUCACCUGGCUCUGUCGGAAUCAGAUGAUGAGAAGUCGGAGUCAGAAACAAAGGAGGUGGACUCAGAAACAAAGAAGGUGGGGUCAAGACUGGAGGAGGUGGAGUCAAGACAGCAGCCAGUGGAGUCUGAACAUGAAGAGAUGUUGUCUAAAGGAGAAGCAGAGAGGGGAGUUAAUGUCCUGAAGAUGCAGGAGAUGCAGUCGGCACACGAGGCUGGCGAUGAGGCUGAUGAUGAUAGUGAUGAUGAAGGUCAGAGGGCAGCAGAGGAUGUGGCGUUUGCUCAGGACUACUUGCACAGGGUCUGUUCUGUGGUGCAGGUGUGUCCAGAGCGAGCAGAGCACCUCCUACAGGUGUUGGAUGAGUUCUUGGGUUCAUCUGCACCUCCAGAGUCUCUGUUCUUCAGCCUUAGCUCUAUCCUGUCAUCGUCUCCUCAGCUGCUCAAAGACUUUGCUGCCUUCUUGACACCGACGCAGGCCGAAUGCUGUGGACUGUUGGUGGAGCAGCAGCUGUUUGAACGCAGCCGGCGGUUUCUACGGCGACUGGGGAGAAGUCUUGGAGAGGGUUCCACCCUCUACCAGGAAGUGGUGUCAGUUCUGCAGGGAAGCUCUGCCCCCUCACUUGAAGACAGGGAGAAGAUCUCAUCCCUCCUCAGACUCCACACUGACCUCCAACAGGAAUUCUGGGACUUUUUCCAGCAGCUCCAUGCCCCAUCAUCUCCAGUGGCAACAGUCUCUGACACCAUAGCAACAGAUUGCAUUUCCCAGAAUCCCUCUGACAUAUCUGAGGAUAGAGAGACAGGAAGUGACUCUCAGGAAGAGGAGGAGCCUCCAGUUUGUGCCAAAAACACCUCAGUGACAUCCAAUGGAGAGAAAGUUAUUGUAUGGACCCGAGAGGCAGACCGUCUGAUCCUGACGACCUGUCAACAGAAAGGAGCCAAUAGGAAGACAUUCAGACAGGUGUCCACCCAGCUGGGCAACAAGACUGCACAACAGGUCAGUCUCCGUUUCCGUGACCUGAUGAGUUUGUUCCACUCAGCCAAUCACAGGUCCAUGUCAUGUUCUUCAGAAGACCAACCAAUCAGCAGACAGGAGGCGGCUCCAGACUAAUGAACAGACCAAUCACAGAUGAGUCUAACUGAGUUCAGAGUGUGGUACGCCAGAAUCAGACAGAACUGUCUAAGAGCGUAGAGGAACAGGUGUCCACAGACAAACUAGACCCGGUCCUGUUGAGGAUUACCCCAUCUACAGACCUGCAAAUGAUGUGAUCUAAGCGAGUUCUUAUCAGGUUCUGUAACGAAACAUCCAUCCACCUUCUGAACCACUUUAUCCUCAAGAGGGUCGCAGGGGUGCUGGAGCCUAUCCCAGUUACCUUUGGGUGAAGGUGGGGUAUUUUUCUGUUUAUUUAAGUUUAUUUAUUUCAGUUUCUCUCUGAGGCUCCACCCCCUUAAGCAUGUGGGGCAUGGCCCAGGAGGUCCUCAUCAAUCAAAACCGGAUCUGAAGUCCAGAAACACAACUGAUCUAGUCACAUGACAUAGGUCAGCAGCUGCAGCUAAAAUUGUUUACACUGUGUUUAUUUUAUUCUACUCUUUGACCUCAUCUUCAUCAGUUUAAUGAACCGGGAGAAAGUAUAAUUUUGAAGGUAGAUUUUGUUAGUAAUAGUAAUGUCUGAUUCUUUUCUUUAUAUGCUGACAUGUUCCUAUGAGACACUGGGCUCAUUUUUGCACAUUUCUCAGAAGAUUUUAUAAAUGCAGUUUAUUCAUGUUGAAUAAGAACCCACUGAAUUUUGUUUUAAUAAAAAACAUCUCAAGUUUU